AUGUCUGAAUCGAAAUUAUCAUGGGAAGGGAGCAAAUACAACCCAGCACCUGGUCAACCAGAGUUGCCGCCCCAAUUGGCUGAUUUCUCAAAUAAAACAACUGAUGAAGUCUUAAAAGAAAUGAAUAGAUUACCAUUUUUUAUGACAAAAUUAGAUGAAACAGAUGGACAAGGAGGUGAAAAUGCGGAAUUAGAAGCAUUGAAAUCAUUAGCUUAUGAUGGAAAUCCAGAUGAAAUUGCAACAAAUUUUAAAAAUCAAGGAAACGAAUGUUAUAAAGCAAAAAAAUAUCAAGAUGCUAUAAUAUUUUAUACAAAGGGACUUGAAGUUGAUUGUGCGGAUGAUCAAAUUAAUAAAACAUUAUAUUUAAAUCGAGCUGCUUGUAAUUUGGAACUGAAAAAUUAUCGUAGUUGUAUAUCUGAUUGUAAACAAGUUUUACAAUUAGAUGAAAAAAAUAUAAAAGCAUGUUUUAGAGCAGGUAAAGCUUUUUCAGCUAUUAAUAAAUUUGAAGAAGGUAAACUAAUUGUUCAAUAUGGUCUUAUGAUUGAUGAGAAUAAUAAAGAGUUACAACUAUUGUUGAAACAAAUUGAACAAAAAGAAAAAGAUUUAGCUCAAUUAACAGCCAAAAAGGAAAAAGAGAAACAAGAGAAACAAAUGAAACAAAGUAUACUAGACAAUUCAAUAAAACUACGUCAUAUUGAAACAAUAAAUACAAAAAACCCUCCUGAAAUGUUAAAAGAUGCCAAAAUUAAAUUAGAAGAUUCAACUGAUUAUCAAUCACAGCUUAUUUUCCCUGCAUUAAUACUUUAUCCAACUAUAGAUGAAUUUGAUUUCAUAUCUGAAAUAAGUGAAUUAACAACUCCAUUAGAAAUACUAGAAAUGAUACUAAAUAGACCAAAAGAAUGGUUUGAUGACCCAAAACAUAAAGAUUUUAAUGUUAAAACAUUAAAUUGUUAUAUGGAGACAACAUCUGGUGGACUUGUUAAAAUUGGUAAAAAAAUACCUAUUAAUGAAGCAUUAAUGAAAGAUUCACCAAAAGUUCCAUUAUUCGAUAAUUCUUUGAAAUUAUUUGUUAUACCAAAAUCAAAAGAAGCUGAAUGGAUAUCUCAAUGGAAUAAAUCCACUGCAUUACAAACUCGUGUACAAUAA